AUGGAUUGCAACCGGUACAGUACCAAAGAGCAACUUUUACGAGUAACAGCGUUAUUAAAGAGAUUCGGUGACAAAACGAGGAGACAGCCAGUGUCAAUUGAAGUAACUGCGAAUGAACUAAGAGCAGCUGAAAAACUUUGGGUGAAUACCAUACAGGCAAGCAAUUUCGAAGACGAAAGGUCAUAUCUCCAAGGAGUUUCGAAGAAAGAACCGCUGCUCGUAAGACAGUUGGAUUUAUUCUUGGACGAAGAAGGUACGAUUCGAUGCCAAGGUCGAAUAGAUAAAUCAUCAUUACCCAUGACAACAAAGCGGCCAAUACUUCUUCCUGCACGACAUUUCUAUACGCAACUUGUAAUUCGCAACUGUCACGAAGUCGUCCAUCACAACGGUGUCAAAGAAACAUUGAACUGCAUUCGCGAAGUAUAUUGGAUUCCAAGAGGUCGAGAAGCCGUUAAACGUGUAAUUGGAGUAUGUGUUACAUGUAGAAAACACGAAGGGAAGCCAUACGGUACACCAAAGUUCGCCCAGCUACCAUCAUGUAGAGUAAGCGAUGAUCCACCUUUUGCUCACACCGGCAUGGACUUCGCUGGACCACUAUAUUUAACGACCGAAGGUGAAGAUGAUAAAGAACGAAAGUUGCAAAAGGCGUACAUUUGUCUCUAUACCUGCGCGUCAACAAGAGCGUUACACCUUGAACUUGUGCCAAAUUUAUCAGUGUCUAUAUUCUUACAAUCAUUUAGAAGAUUCACCGCUCGAAGAGGAUUACCGACAAAGUUACUAUCGGAUAACGCGAAAACGUUUAAAGCGGCUGCAAAAGAAGUCAAGGGAAUUACGAGAUCUAUGGAAGUUCAGCGGUAUUUGGCGAACAAAGGAAUCACGUGGGAGUUUAUAGUGGAAAAGGCACCCUGGCAAGGGGGUUUCUGGGAAAGAAUGGUGAAAUGUGUCAAACGCUGUCUGAAAAAGGCGGUGGGUCGAGCAUCAUUAUCGUUUGAAGAAAUGCGCACAUUAUUGAUUGAGAUUGAAGCUACGCUGAACAAUCGACCUAUGACUUACGUAUACGAUGAUGAAGAAGGCGUGUCUUAUCCGUUAACACCUGCAUCGUUGAUCUAUGGUCGAAACAUCGCUACAACGCCAAACGAUAAGCAAUUCGAAGUGAUCAGUACAAAUCAAUCCCUAACUCGACGACAGAAGUAUCACAAAAGGCUUUUAAACCAGUUUGCGAAGCAAUGGAGAACGGAGUAUCUCACUAGUUUAAGAGAGUCAUCAAGGUCAAAGGUUUCGUCGGAUGCGGCUCGUAAGCUGGCGAUAGAAGAAGGAGAGAUCGUCGUUUUAAAGAACGACAAGUCAUCACGAUCAUUUUGGAAGGUAGCUAGGGUGGAGGAAUUACUCCCCAGUAAAGACGGUGUUAUUAGAGCGGCAAAGGUACGCGUAGUUAAUCAAGAGAAUGGAAAAUCAACAUGGUUACGAAGACCCAUACAACACCUUGUUCCUCUAGAAAUACGGUCGAGUUGCAAACAGAAGAACGAAACGCACGCGAGGGAUCCUACGACGGAAGAGACGAAAGAGGAUGCCUCUUCAAAGGAACCGCUGAAGGCGAACGCAAGGAGUACAGUUGUUACAAAAUACUUCCUACGAAGUCAGAACAAUCGUAAAGAUACUGUGUGA